AUGUUUUCUGCUCGUACCCUUUUGUUAGUUGGUAUCCAUAUCUCUUUUCUACUGACUGGAUUAUUAGGAAACCUAUUCAUACUGAUAGUUCACCUUCUAGACUGGUGUAAAACCCAUGAUUACAACCCAUCAAUACUUAUAAUCAACAGCAUUGCCCUCAUCAAUAUCUUCUACCAAGGAGCCAUUACAUUCAAUGUGGUCACCGUCUUCAUGUUUCUGGAUUUCUACGUACAAGUCUGGGUGGUGAAUCCUUUGGUGGUCAUCAUGUCUUCAUUGGCAUUCUCAAGCCUUUGGUGUUCCACCUGCCUGUGCUUCUACUACUGCAUUAAGAUUGUUAAUUUCCAAGGAUCUUUCUUCUACAAGCUCAAGGCAAAGGUUGCUGUAUUUAUGCCAUGGUUACUCUUUAUUUCCAUUGCUGCCUCCUGGUUAGUUGGAGUACCUGCUUACUGGGAUCUCUAUAUGGACAUUAAGCCUUUGACUGCCGGAAAUGUAACUAUGUUUUCAUUGAUUGUCAAAAGCAGAUGCACAUGUCUGUUUCAGAUUUAUUCUUUUUUUGCUGCCAUAUCGUUUGCUAUAAUAUUUACCACUGCUGGAGCAAUUGUUACCUCUUUGUGCAAGCACAUGAUAAGGAUGAAGAAAAAUAAUGAAGGGUCCGGAAAUUCAAGAAUUCAUUCUCAUUUAUUAGCGGCUAAAACUGUGACUUCUCUCCUUUUACUGUAUUUGAUAUUCUAUGGUUUCCUGAGUUCAUUAUUUAAUGAAGUGGGCAAUACCAGUAGCUUAACAUUUGACAUUUCAUUUGUUGUGUGUUCCAGCUUUCCAACAUUUAACUCGAUUAUUCUGAUAAUGGGGAACCGGAAGUUGUCAAACAGCUUGAAGGAACUCUUAUGUAUGAGACAUCAUGCUGCAAAUACUGAGGUCACUGUAACUACCUACUAGAUGUAUGAUGACCCUCUGCUCACAAGAACUAUGAUUUAUUUCAUGUAUCUUGAUUUACCCACAUUAUUGUCUCGAUCCUUCACUAAAGACCCUUAACUUUGUGUACUUUUAUGUUAUUUCUCUCACAAAUAAAUGUUUC